CAUGGACAGCAGCAGUAGCCACACUCUUCCACGUUGAAGCUUCUCUAUCCCUUCUCUAUCCCUACCCGCCGCCUCUCAUUCACCAUGGACGCGUAACACCCUGCCACAUCACACCCUUCCAAGAUGAUGCGAGUGCUCGAGGCCAAUGCGCCUCCCAAGCAGACGGCGACCGACACCAUCAGCACCCUCAGCAGCCGCCUCACGAGCGCAACCCUUCUCGAGGACCGCCGUGCCGCAAUCCUGGGCCUGCGCAGCUUCGCCAAGGAGUAUCCUGCCUCGGUCGCCUCGGGAGCUCUGCGCCAUCUCAUAGCCUCUCUGGUCAAGGACGCCGAAGAUGUCGACACGCUCAAGGUGGUGCUGGAGACGCUGCUCAUGCUCUUCCACCCAGAUGAGGCGAGCCCAGAAGCUUCAGACGAGAUAGCGCUGUGGCUAGCAGAUCAGUUCUCCCAGCGGCAAGAUAACAUAACCAUUCUCAUCGACCUCCUCGACAAGCCCGACUUCUACUCGCGCCUCUACGCACUGCAACUCAUACGAGCCAUCGCACUCGCACGCCCAGAGCGGACGCAGGAAUGCAUACUUGCCGCCCCGAUGGGCACCACGUACCUCGUGGCCACGCUAGACGACCCCCGAGACGCUGUUCGCAACGAGGGCCUCGUUGUGCUCACCGACCUGUCGAGAUCCUCUACCGAGUUGCAGAAGCUCUUCGUCUUUGAAGAUGCCUUUACAAAAGUCUUCAGCAUGAUACGUGCAGAUGGAGGACUCACCCAAGGCGGCGUAGUCGUGCAGGACUGCCUCAGUCUGUUGGCCACUCUCAUACGCUACAACACGUCCAAUCAGACCAAUAUCCGGGAGAUGGGGCAUGUCGCCCAGUUUGCUGCAUUACUGCCGGGCGGAAAGAAGCCCAAGAAACAGCGAGCAGGUGCUGAAGAGGAGGAUGACUGGCUCAGCCCCCAGAGUGACAAGAACAUCUGGGGUCUCCUAGCCAUCAUGCGCAUGUUCCUCGUCACCGGCAGCGUAGGCACCCUGCAGAAUCAGAAUGUCUUCCAGCAGCAUGGUCUCCUUCGCCAGUUGCUGAACAUUGCAUUCGACCCGGUGACCACAAUGCCUAUCAAGAUCGAAGCCUUGAACACGUGUGCCGAUUUGAUAAGAGGGAAUGCUCGAUUACAAGAGGGCUUUGCUCAAGAGCAGGUGAGGCCGGUGGUAGAACCUGCAACAAACAGCGUUACUUCUCCAAAAAGUGCCGUGCAGGUGUACGUUAUCGAAGCCCUCUUGAACCUGGUUCUUGCUCCAGCUUCGAACGAGCUAUUUGACAUGCGCAACGCGGGUUGCGAGUGCAUCAAAGCUUACUUUCACGGCCACACGCAAAUACAAGAGCACUUCCUGAACCGAGCAAUAGGUGGCCAUGAAGGUGGUGACGAGACGGCAAAUGCACUGACUAUCCUACUAGCGGGACCGCAAGCUUCACCCGCUACCGACCCCUACAGGCUUUGGUUCGCCGCUACCCUGGUCUAUCACCUUAUUUUUAACGAUAUCCAAGCGAAGAGCAUGCUGAUGCAAGUCAAAGAGGGCGAUGCAGAGCGCGGAGAAGAAGUCGUUACCUGUAUACAGACACUGACUGCGAACCUCAUCGCAAGCUUACAGCUUGGCGAGGAUGCGCGAAUAGCCGUCGCCUACCUCAUGCUCCUGUUGGGGUGGCUAUUCGACGAUGCUACCGCAGUCGAUGAUUUUCUUGGAGAGGCGAGCAGUUUACAAAGCCUUGUACAGGCCGUCUUGACUCCUGGAAGUGACCGGGUGGUCAUUCGUGGUCUUUGCGCGGCACUCCUCGGUGUCGUAUACGAGUUCUCCACGAAAGACUCACCAGUACCUCGACGCGAAUUACAGCCUGUUCUCGUUGCAAAGAUUGGCCGCGAGAAGUACCUAGACGCUAUAGUCGAAUUACGCCAUCACCCACUUGUACGUGACUUCGAGGUAUUACCUCGCAUUGGAGGAGCGGGAGGUAGUCUACCAGAGGUAUUCUUCGACGAAGCCUUUAUAGACUUUCUGAAAGACAACUUCAGUCGCUUAUCGCGUGCGAUCGAUCGCAACCCAAAUAUUGAGCAACAUCAAUCACACGAUGGCAUUGAUCGAGACGUAGUAGACGCAUUGCGUGGAGAGAGGGAUGAGAAGGAGCAAACCAUCCAAGAACUCAAAGCGCAACUGAUGACACUAGAGCAGAAGAUAGAUCAAGAGCAAGCGGAACACCGCAAAACCCAACAAUCGGCUGAUGAGCAGCGCAACACGCUCAAGCGAAUUAACGAUAAAUUGCACGACGAUCUCGAUAAAGAGAUCGCAAGCAGAGAUCGCGAAUACAGACAAGCCACACUAGAGCUAGAGAACAAGUACAAUCUUCAAAUUGUUGCCUUGAACAACAAAGUGCAACAGACAAGUAAGGAUGGGAAUCUUGCCAUUUCGAAGGUUCGACAGGAGUACGACGAGAGAUUGCGCGACUCCAACCAGGCUCGUGUUGAAUUGGAGCGCCGCCUCGGCGCAUCCGAUAAAGCCCGUCAGGAGGCGCUCGAGACAAUCCGUAGCCUCGAGCAGACACAACAACGCACGCGCCUUGAGAUAGCCACCAUUACCGAAACACUGCAUAGCCUUCAAAGCAAUGUACAAAAAAGUGAAGCGCAGGUCAAGAAGCUCACGAAUGAGAAGACGUCACUUCAAUCCAAUAUCGACAAUUUGAAAUUGGAGAGUCAAGAGCUUAAAACCAAAGCGCAAGACCAGACCUGGAAGGUCAAGGAUGCGGAGGAGAAGCUUCGGAAAGCUCAAAUUAGUGUAGGAAGCAAGGACAAUGACAUCAAGGAGUUGCAGGACAAGGUGCGCAAAGCCGAGGAAAGUGAAAAUGAGAAGCAGGCUGAGCUGGAUGACUUGUUCGUAUUGCUCAGCGACUUGGAGGAAAAGAGGAGCAAGGACAAAAAACGACUAAAGGCUUUGGGAGAAGAGGUCUCGGAUGCUGAAGAUGAUGAUGACGACGACGACGACGACGAAAAUAGUGAGGGAGAUCAGAGCGGCGACGACGAUGAGGACAAAGAGUAGGACGAUGUCGUCCUCAUGUGCGUUACCACCCCUAGCAAUGACCUGUAAUCUUACUUCAGCGCUAUUGGCACAGACAACCAGCUAUAAACCGCAAUGAUAGACACAUUAUGGUCGCUUCAAGCUAAUGUUUCCUGCCACGUUAUAAGUGAUGUUAGUUACUCCGCUAGAAUCCACAACUCUCCACACA